AUGACUACUUAUUCAUCUUUAUUUAAUAUUCCUGGUGUAUCCCAAAAUUAUUCUCGAUUUAGACCAACCUAUCCUCCUCAACUUUAUUCAGAGAUAGCCAAUUUUGUUCGUCAACGCGUUGAGGAAUCUCCGUUGGAUUUUGCCAUUGAUGUCGCCUGUGGACCAGGCUUAUGUACCCAACCUUUAGGCCAGUAUUUUAAGCAAGUUAAAGGGCUAGAUGCUAGCCAUUCCCAAAUUGAAGAGGCAUCCAGCAUUAAUAAAGUUGAAAAUGUUCAAUUUGAAAUUGGUUCAGCUUACCAAUUGCCAUGUGAAGACAACAGUGUCGAUCUUGUGACAUGUGCUCAAGCAUUGCAUGGCCUAGAUGAAGAGAAAUUUUUUGCAGAAGUGGACCGGAUAUUAAAACCUGGCCGAGGUUGUUUAGCUUUAUAUGCAUAUAAAGUGUGUACUAUUACUAAUAGCGAGAAGGCUAAUCAACUAUUUGAUCAUUUUGUUAACGUAACUUUAAAAGACUAUUUUCUGAAGAAAUGGUACAAUGAUAAUGGAUAUGCUCAUAUUGAGCUUCCGUAUAAAGAUCAUGCCAGGAAUGAUGAAAUGGCUAUGAAGGGUAGUAUGACAUUAGACGAAUUCAUCAAUUUCAUCCGAUCAUGGGCUACUUGUAACCGAUUGUUACGUGAUGUAUCGACGGAUCCAUUACCGGAGUUAGGAGCAAAAAUAUCUGAAGCACUGAUAGAGAGCACUGGAAAGGAUAUUGUUGAAUACCAUUUCCCAGUGUUUUUAGUCAUGUGGCGUAAAUUAUAA